AUGUCCACCGCCACCGAGACGCAGUCCCUCCGCAGGCUUCGACCGGCGAACGCACCUGUUGCAACCGAAGAUCUGGAAAAGAGCAAGGGAAACAAGUCAUUCCACAGGCACAAGACAUUUGAGGACAAGUUCUUCUGGACCUACACGGAAGAACCGCAUCGAACUCGUCGGCAGGCAAUCAUUAAAGCACAUAAGGAAGUGCUGCAAUUGUGUGGUCCUGAACCGCUCACUAAAUAUCUGGUCCUUUUCGUGGUCCUCCUCCAGGUUGCAUGUGCCAGCCUCCUCAAAGAUUCACCUAUAUUGUCAUGGCCUUUCUUCCUCACCGCUUACAUUGUUGGAGCCACGGCAAAUCAGAAUCUCUUUCUGGCCAUCCACGAGAUCAGUCACAACCUUGCCUUCCGCACCCCAAUCUAUAACAGACUUCUCGCCAUCUUCGCCAAUCUUCCGAUCGGAGUUCCAUACUCUGCCGGGUUUCGACAGUACCAUUUGACUCACCACAAAUCCUUGGGAAUCGAUGGCCUGGAUACGGAUCUUCCCACCGCAUUGGAAGCGAUCUUCCUGGACUCCGUUUUUGGCAAAGCCUUUUUCUGCACCUUCCAGCUCAUUUUCUACGCCAUUAGACCGAUGAUGAUCUACAAGAUUCCCUUCGGAUCGAUCCAUUACUGCAACAUUGCUGCGCAGGUCAUCUUCGACAUCCUCGUUGUGCGUUACUUGGGCCCGAAGGCCCUUGCAUAUCUCGUCCUCAGCUCUUUCUUGGCUGGGUCUCUCCAUCCAUGCGCGGCUCAUUUUAUCUCAGAGCAUUAUGUUUUCGCCAAAUCAACGCUAAAGGAAGGGAAAAUGCCUCAAGACGUGCCAAUUCCCGAAACAUUUUCAUACUACGGUCCCCUCAACGCUCUAACCUACAAUGUGGGGUACCAUAAUGAACAUCAUGAUUUUCCUGCCAUCCCGUGGACCAGACUGCCCAAAGUCUACGAUGUUGCUCGAGAAUUCUACGACCCGUUGCCUUGUCAUAAGAGCUGGCCUUUGGUCUUGUGGCAGUUCAUCACUGACAAAGAAGUCGGCAUGUGGUGCCGGGUUAAGCGGCUUGAAGGUGGACGAGUUGUUGGGGGAUGGCGUGAUGGCGAACUACAGAGUUGA